AAAGAGGGGCGAAAGUAUAGAGCGGAGAAACAGCUCAUACUAGUGCGUCUCUCUCUCUCUCUCUCUCUCUAUCUCUCUCCCCCACAGUUCACGGCCCCUCUCCAAACACCUCACCUCGCCGAGGAGAGGGAUAAAGAAGACGACGAGGUCGAAGCCUCUCUCCCUCUCUCCCUCUCUCUGUCACUCUCGCUCCUGGGAUCGGUAAUUCAUAAGCACCAAAGCGGGUUGAUUAGAGCCUUCAGGAGUCCAGUUUGGUCUUGUAGAGUUGGAUCUCGAGUUUGUGUGGAGGAUUCGAGGAUUUAGGAGAGGGAUUUGGAGUAGGAGAUGGCGAAUCGGGUGAAGGAGGACGAGAAGAACGAGAAGAUUAUACGGGGGUUGGUUAAGCUUCCGGCGAAUCGGAGAUGCAUCAAUUGCAACAGCUUGGGUCCGCAAUAUGUAUGCACAAAUUUCUCAACCUUCAUCUGCAUAAACUGCAGUGGAAUACAUCGGGAAUUCACUCAUCGUGUGAAAUCAAUAUCAAUGGCCAAAUUUACUCCUCAAGAAGUUUCUUCUCUUCAAGAAGGGGGAAAUGAGCGUGCUCGAGAAAUUUAUUUCAAAGAGUGGGAUCCCCAGCGCAACUCACUUCCAGAUAGCAGUAAUGUAGAUAGACUCAGGGACUUCAUCAAGCAUGUUUAUGUGGAUAGAAGAUACACUGGGGAAAGGAGUAUUGACCGGCCUCCGAGGGUGAAGGGUGACAGGGAAGAUUCUUACCAAAACAAUAGGGAAGAUUCAUAUCGGGGAGGUUCAAGAAGUCCUCCAUAUGAUGAGACCUAUGAACACCGAUAUGGUGAACGGCUUGGUUCUAGAAGUCCUGCGAAUAGGCAAGAUGAUUAUAAGAGAAGUCCUGCCGAGAGAAGUCUAGGUGAUAGGACCCCGAAUAGGAGCUCUAGUGGAAAUUUUGAGGAUCGCAGAGUUCCAGAUGGAAUCCCGAAGCCAGCUGUGAAGUUGCAGAACAAUCAGAAAGAUGUUGGUGCAGCAAGUCCGCCUACGGCACAGCCGGUCAGAGAUAUUUUGGCUGGGGUUCCACCUGUUCGAGUACUUGAACCACCUAAAACAAAUAGCAUCCCAACCACUAAUUCCUCUGCUCAGGCACAGACUGUUCCAACUUCAAGAAGCAACUCCAAUCAAGUAAACUCAGCAGAAAAUAAUGCAUUCAACUCCAAAAGUUUAAUUGACUUCGACCCAGAUCCUGAGCCUCCCCAAGCUGGAGCAAUGCAAUCGGUGCCGCAACAGAGCAACUCUUCACCUGCUAUAGAGGGUGGUUGGGCUUCAUUUGACUCUGCUUCUCCACAAAAACCUCCACAGACUGCUACAGAUUCAAGUACAUUGGAAUCAACAUUGGUCCAGUUGUCUGCUCCUUCUUCAUCGGCCCCUGCACCCAACUUUUCAACCAUGACAGCCAAUGCUGUCAAUUCAUUUCCUAAAGCUAAUAAUGGAGGCCAAUGGCCUACUUUGCAGCAGCAUCAGCAGCUUUCUCUCUUCCCAGAUUCAAAUGGUCAAGCUAAUAAUCCACUGCUCGCCACACCUGUAGUUACUACUCAAAAUAACCAGCCAUGGGGUGCAUCACUCGCUCCAAGUAUGCAGGGUUCCACCGCUCCUCCAGCUGGUCGGGCUAUUCAAGCGUCUAUAAAUGGUCCUCAAGUAGUUCCUACAGUUUCAUCACAUCCUCCUGCCUCAGAGUAUAAGAAUAGUGGAAGAAAAGCACUCCCAGAAGAUCUCUUUACCGUGAUGUAUCCAACAGGACCUCCAUCUGUUGCCGGUUGGCAAACAAGUCAAAAUUUUGCUACCAUGGGAUAUGGAUUUCAGUAUCCAGCAGCUGCUAUGAUGCCACCAUAUGCUCCUUCAAGAUCAACAAACCCCUUUGAUAUGAAUGAGCAUAAGUUAGCUCAUUCUUCCACGUUCCCGUCUCUAUCAUCCUUGCAAGGAGCAUUGCCAAAUAUGAAUAAUACUGUACCGCUCUCACGUGCCGUCAGUUUGGGAUCCCUUCCUGCACAAUGGAUGCCCUCACAACAGCCUCCUUAUGCAUCAGCUGCUGCUCCAAGUCCAUAUAUGUUGCACCCAAGUGCAAGUAGCUUGCCCCAACAAGCACCUGCUAAUGUGUUCCCUAUGGGGAAUCAAGCGGUUGGAGCUUUUCCUAAUGAUAGAAGUGCUUUGGGCUUUUUGAGCAUGGAUCAGAAUUUGGCUGUUAGAAAUGCACAAUCUGCUACUCCAAAUUCUUUUGCUCCUGUUGGAGCUACUCCAAAUUCUUUUGCUCCUGUUGGAGGAAAUCCCUUUGCUUAGAUACUUACGCCCAGUUGAUUAGAUUGGAUAAAGCAAAAUAUCAACAGCUCCACCGAGAACCAAAUUUUCAGUCAGUUAUUUGGGUCACUGGAGUGAAAUGCGAUGCACGGCUACCAUCGGGAGAACGCGAGAUUACCUCUUGAUUUAAAUGUUCACACCAAUAAGAGGCAAAAAAAAAGGUAUCUAUUUCCAUACUAUUUAGUGUAUUCUUAAGCUUCCAUGUGGCAAUGCUAAUGUGAUUGGCUCUUUGCUGCUUCUGUGGAUCUGUAGUUAUGUAAUAUUUUGUAUGUGUUUCAAUCUUUGUUUCCAACUGUGGGUACAUGUUAUUUAUAUAGCCUUUGCAGUCUUUGUAAUCAUUGAUUAGUAUGGUUAUUUAAGUUGGGAGGGGUUUUGUAACAUUCUGCUUGUUUGUUGUACACUCAAAUCAAUGAAAAAUAUGUUUUGUUUUGUGUUUGAGCAAUAAA